UCGCCAGGUCCUUCAGUCGACCGUCGCGCGCAAUUAUAUGAGGAAGAAAUCAAGUUGUCCAUGCUUCGACAGCAGCUGGCAAUAGAAGAGUUGAAGCUCAUCGUGAUCAAAAAUGAUUUGGCUCGAGCUCAGUUAGAAAGGGAAACUAUCGCCACCGAAAGGGAGCGUUUCGAGUUGGAGAGAGCAAGACAAGAUCAGUAUGCUGAAGAACUAAAACUAUUCAGUAUAAAACAAGAUCUUGCACGGGUACAAUUAGAACGAGAAACAAUCGCAUUAGAGCGCGAACGAUUGAAGCUGCAGAGAGAAAAAGAAGUGAGUUUUUAA